AACCUCACAGGUUAUGGCGCACUAGACAGUCGGCAGGCCAUCUAGUCCUUUGCCUCGAUAACUCUAUUCACACAAGCGCAAUUGCCUAGGAAACUCUUCAAGCCAACUUCAGCAUACUUGAAGACGACAGAAUGGGAUCCCGCGUCGUCAUCAAGGCUCUGGACCACCUUGUCCUUACCUGCAAGAGUGUACCGCAGACUUCUGCCUGGUAUGCGAAGCACCUCGGCAUGAAACCAGAAUCCUUUGUGUCCGUAACAGACUCUUCAACUGUGCGACACGCUCUCAAAUUUGGCUCUCUCAAGAUCAAUCUCCAUCAGCAGGGAAAGGAGCCUGAGACAAAAGCCACUAUUGCGCUUCCUGGCACUGCAGACUUGUGCUUCCUGGUCCAGGAUGGAACCAACCUAGAUGAUGUCAUUUCCGACUUUCAGAAAUCGGGAAUCCAGGUUCUUGAAGGCGAGAAAGUGGUCGCGCGCACUGGAGCCCAGGGACCAAUCCGAAGCAUCUAUGUCAGAGAUCCAGAUGGGAAUCUCAUCGAACUGUCGCACUACGAAGAUGCUCAUUAGGGGUUCUCCAAGGUCACGACGAGUUUCUCUUUCCUCUGUAACCGAUUGCCGUAUGAUUUCCGUUUCCGAAGUUGCGAAUUGAGUUUGCUUCCAAAACUGCCUCCUGUCAAUUAGCAACUGAGCACCGGUGCAACAAACCUUUCGGAUCCGUCGCGAGCAAUCUUGUCACAACUUCGGCAUUGUCGAGCCUUGGCUUGCUCGUUUGGCUGAUAAAUCGUUGGAAGAGUCGGAUCUUGACCCCCGUCCCCUGCGUGCAUGCAUCCCAGGCCGUAUGCUAGAUUUCGCAUUCGGAGGAAACAAGUACCGAAUCACAUUCGU